AUGGCACCUCGACUACAGAUACGGCUGAUGACGUGGGAUGUGAAGGACACACUGCUCAGGCUUCGCCACCCUGUUGGAGAAGAGUAUGCCACCAAGGCCCAGGCUCAUGGGCUGAAGGUGGAUGCCACAGCCCUGGGGCAAGCCUUCAGGCAGGCCUAUAAGGCUCAAAGCCAGAGCUUUCCCAACUACGGCCUGAGUCAGGGCCUUACCUCCCGCCAGUGGUGGCUGGAUGUGGUCCUGCAGACGUUCCACCUAGCGGGUGUUCAAGAUGCAAAGGCUGUGGCCCCCGUCGCUGACCAGCUAUAUGAAGACUUCAGCAGCCCUUGUACCUGGCAAGUGUUGGAGGGGGCCAAGGCCACCCUGAUGGGGUGCCGCAAGCGAGGUCUGAAGCUGGCUGUGGUCUCCAACUUUGACCGACGGCUUGAGGACAUCUUGGUGGGUCUUGGCCUGCGGGAACACUUUGACUUUGUGCUGACAUCUGAGGCUGCUGGCUGGCCCAAACCAGACCCCCGCAUUUUCCAUAAGGCCUUGCAGCUUGCUCAUAUGGAGCCGGCAGUGGCAGCCCAUGUUGGGGAUAGUUACCGCUGUGACUACCAGGGUGCCCAGGCGAUCGGCAUGCACAGUUUCCUUGUCACUGGCCCAGAGCCUCUGGAUCCAGCAGUCAAGAAUUCUGUACCUGAAGACCAAAUUCUUCCCUCCCUAUCCCAUCUCCUGCCUGCCCUUGACCGCUUGGAGGGCUCGCUUCCAAGGCCCUGA